AUGGCCACUUCGGCAGCUUCGUCUGCUCCUCCCGGCAGACCAGCGCUUUCACUCCCUCCGUCUCAAUUCGCACGCCUCCAGCCUCACGCCUACCUUCUUGCCCAUCUCUCGCCUCCAUCAACGACCAAUCAACCUUCUAUUCGCGCCAAUGGCCGCGCUCCUUCGCAAUUCCGAGUCACGUCAGCCAAUGCUGGCUCCUUGACCCACACAAAUGGCAGCGCUGUGGUGCGAAUCGGCGAUACAGCAGCUGUCUGCGGCGUUCGGGCAGAGCUCUUACACACCGAAGAUAUUGCUUCAUGGAGCGUGUCGCAAGCAUCAAGCUCGAACAAGCCCCAGAGUCCAAUGGACCGGGGUGAGCAAGUGGCCGGAGAAGGGGACAGUGAUGAUGCCGAGCAAGAUCGUGCUCACAUCGAGGAUCUUAAUCUCCUUGUUCCUAACCUUUCAUUGAGUACGGGCUGCGCGCCGGGGUUCAUCCCGGGUGCGGCACCAUCGUCGCUUGCACAGUCCCUCUCCCAUCAGAUCCUUUCUCUUCUUCACAGCACACGCCUCGUUUGUGCGGACGACCUUCGCGUAUGGUAUCAACCACCUUCAAUGGGACCGGAAGAGUUGGAGCGCCACAAUGACGAGGAGCAGAUGGACAUGGAUGCGACACAAGAUAGCACGACUGUACAGAGCCCCCGGGAAAUCAAGGCUUUCUGGGUGCUUUACAUCGAUGUAAUGAUGAUUUCCCUUGCCGGAAACGCUUUUGAUGCUGCGUGGGCGGCUGUUCUCGCUGCCCUUCGAGAUACGAAGCUUCCCAAAGCCUGGUGGGACGUCGACAACGAGACAAUUGUUUGCUCCGACAGCAUCGCAGACGCCCGCAGACUUUCUCUGCGUGGUCUACCGGUGGCAAGUUCCUUCGCUGUCUUUGAGGCAGAUGCCGCGGCAGGUUGGCGGGCAACCGUCAUUCCUGAAGCUGGAGACAUGGGGGCGCACAAGACAUCAGGGGACAGCGGAGCUCCAGAGAGAUGGCUCCUUGCGGAUCCUGAUGGCUAUGAGGAGGGUCUUACUCAGGAGCGAGUCUGUCUUGUUGUGGAUAAGGACACUGAUGGAAAAGUUACCAUUCUGAAGAUGGAGAAGAACGGCGGAUGGACGGUUGAUACUGAGGAUCUCCGACAGCUGGUAGAUCUUUCGUCACAGCGCUGGGAAGAGAUGAAGAGGACACUUGAUCAGUGUUGA